AUGGCUAUCGUGCCUGCAGCGGAGCCUGCCGUCUCGAAUGAUCAGACUUCUUGGUGGGCGGGGCUCGCUGAAGAAUGGGAGGCUAUCCCACUCUUGAGGGAACGCAUGCGCAAGGGAUUGCAUUUGCUGAUUCCACAUCCCCUUUGCAAGGAUGACACUAAGCCGUCCCCUGAUUUUGUGGAACGUUCAGUGCACAAUUGCCGGCAAAACAAAGAUGUGUUGAUUCCGGCGAUGAAGCGCUGGGCGGCCAAAAGCCCGGAGACUGUGCCGCAGGUAGAUUAUCUUUAUCGUGAGGUGGAGCGGUUCUUCCAGACUUGUUGCCGGGAAGAUUUGACCCCGGGCGACACCCACAUGGAUGCCUGGACGCUGCGAAAACUCAUGACUUUGGUGAAGUCCCUGCUGUCAAAGAACAGCCCUCCCAAAGAUGAGAUAAUGGCCGAGAUUUUCUUUGCCUUUGGCUACGAAAUUACGGUCGAAGAGCAUCUUGAUGCAUCCGAAGCGCCCGAGGUGGAGCCAAUCGAGGACCUCACGGAUCCGCCGGAGGAGCAUUCUGAGUCCGAGGCUGAACGGGAAGACGAUGCUUUGGUGGAAGUUGGGGAUGGAGCUGGGGACGAAGGGCUUACUACUGAUGGGGAGGAUGAGCUUCCUAGUGAUGGGGCUAAUGAUGGGGAGAAUGAGCUCCCUGCUGAUGGGGAGAAUGGGCUCUCUUCUGAUGAGAAGGAUGGGCUCCCUGCUGAGUCCUUGGUUGGGGACGAGGUUUCCAAGGGUGCUUCUGAGCGGCCGUGCGCAGUCGGCCGCCCCGUUGCCACGCCACAGCUGCGGUCCUGCGAUCCGCCCGAUGUUGCAGUUCCCCCGGCCCCGGUCGCGACUGAGUCCUACGAGCAUCUGGGUUCUGUAUCUUCGUUGUGCGAUGCUUUGGAUGGCAAGCUGCAUAUCGGCGAUGCUCCUGAGGAUUCGUCGUGGGUGUAUGCAUGA